CCGAGGACGCGGCGGCGAGGGGCACGGAGAGCAGGGAAAGGCGCGAGGCGGAGAGCGCGGGUGGCCCUGUGUCCGUGCCAGUGCGCAGGCGCCCGGAGCGCAGCCCGCUUGCAGCCGCCGGGCGCCGGGAGGCUCCGCUGGCGGCGGUCCCUGCGCGGCUGAGCCCGGGUCCCUGCGGAGGCCCGAGUCCUGCCUGCCUUUCCCGGCUGAGCCUGCGCCGGGCGGAGGGUUGUGGGGCUCAGUUAGAGUGACCGCAUCUGAGAGCCCCAGGCCCGCCACCCCGAGUCCUCCUUUGCCCAGGAUUCACGGUUGACCCACCUUUUCACAGAAUUCAGAGACGAAGCAUCCAUCUUUCUACAGCAUGGCAGGUAAAAAAGUGCUCAUCGUUUAUGCGCACCAGGAACCCCGGUCUUUUAACGGAACCUUGAAGAAUGUGGCGGUGGAGGAGCUAACGAAGCAGGGCUGCCAAGUCACUGUCUCUGAUUUAUAUGCCAUGGACUUUGAGCCCAGGGCCACACAGAGAGAUAUCACUGGUGCACUCUCCAAUCCCAAGCUCUUCAGUUAUGGGGUGGAAGCCUACGAAGCCUGCAAGAAGAGAGCACUGACCAAAGACAUAAUUGACGAGCAGAAGAAGGUUCAGGAAGCUGACCUAGUGAUAUUCCAGUUCCCGCUGUACUGGUUCAGCGUGCCGGCGAUCCUGAAAGGCUGGAUGGACAGAGUGCUGUGCCAAGGCUUUGCCUUCGACCUUCCAGGAUUCUAUGAGGCUGGCUUCCUCAAGGGUAAAUUAGCCCUCCUUUCGCUCACAACCGGGGGCACGGCCGAGAUGUACUCAAAAACUGGAGUCAGCGGGGAUUUCCGGUACUUUCUGUGGCCCCUGCAGCAUGGUACGUUGCACUUCUGUGGAUUCGAGGUCCUCCCUGCUCAGGUCAGUUUUGCUCCUGAGAUUGCAUCGGAAGAAGAAAGAAAGGGGAUGGUGGCUUCCUGGGCCCAGAGGCUGAAGACUAUCUGGGAGGAAGAGCCUAUCAACUGCACACCAACUUGGUACUUUGGGUAAUAGCAUCGUACAAGUAACUCACCGGGAGACCCAAGCGUGUGCAGAGAGAAGAUGGGGCUGUCCUCGAAGAAACUGGCAGCAGAGUUAACAGAAUACGUUUUAUAGUGUCCAUGAAUGAGGGUCUUCAGGAUUUUAUACAACCAGUUCAAAUAUUUCAAUAAUCAGCUUGUCAUAGUCAAUUCAAUUCAGACUCAUACCAUUAUUCACCCAGGCUCUCCUUCCUUUAAUAUUUUAUCUAAUAUCUUUCCAUCUCACUGUUUGCAGCAUCAUGGGUAAUUUUUUUCAUGGGUAGUUUUCUUGGGGUAGAGCUAGAUUUGUUCAGUUUUGGUCUGGUAUUGUUUUUAACCUAUUGUCUUACAGGAAAGUUUAAUCUCUGCAUAGUUAUUUUUUCAUUCUAUCUUUGGACUUAACUUCUGCCAUCUUCUGUUUCUUUUUGUUUUUUUAACUUGCCUUAUGUCUAUGAAGUUUAACUGAACACCCAGUCAAUGUAUAUUUAAAAUCACAAAGUACUGCUCACAAUGAAAAAUUCACAGUACUCCACUACCAUGAUCUUGUAACAUUCCUAGUCAUUACCCUGUAGAAGGAAGACUCUUCAUAUGAAGCCCCUGAAAGGGAUUAAAUGGCAUAAUUGUCAUCAUUGUUGUCAUCAGUCCUGAGCAGGGGCCCUUCUUCCACUACAUUCCAACCCCACCUACAACCCCCUUCUCAUCAGACUCUUCAAAUAACUUCUCGCUGUAAUCAUCCUCAUCAACCAGCCUGUGGUUGGGAUCCUCACCCUGAACAACUUCUCAUCUGCAUCUUCUUCAUCUUCAUCCUCUUGUUCAUCUGACUCAUCCUCAAAUACUGUUUCACAUGCGUCUUCCUUUUCAUCAGACUCUUCUUCACACUUUCCCUCAGAGCCUCCCUCAUUGUGCUGGUUUGGAUCUAUUAUGCCCCCCACAAAAGCCAUGUUCUUUAAUGCAAUCUGGUGGGGGCAGGCUUAUUAGUCUUGAUUAGGGUGUGACUUUUGAUUAGCACAUUUCCAUGAAGAUAU